AUGAUGCCUCGCAUCCUUACUGAGGUUCACACGUGGAAAAUGACGCAUGCGUUCUCGAUAAAGCAUCGCAUUUGAUCUUAAAACAAACGCACUGACUUCAUGGUUGUAGGCAUUUCUGGAGGUCCGGGGAAUAAGCGCAAGGUAGGAGGAGCAGCAACCCUUGGGCGUCGCGCAAGGCUCAGUGACCGGAGGAGCGCCUCGAGACAGAUGGCUGUAGUCGGAGACCAGGGGGCCGGGCCGGAGACGCAGGUCCAGAGGGACUCAGCCGACCAGAACUUCGACUACAUGUUCAAGCUGCUGAUCAUCGGCAACAGCAGUGUGGGCAAGACGUCCUUCCUCUUCCGCUACGCCGACAACUCCUUCACCUCGGCCUUCGUCAGCACGGUGGGCAUCGACUUCAAGGUGAAGACCAUCUACAGGAACGAGAAGAGGGUGAAGCUGCAGAUAUGGGACACAGCAGGCCAGGAGCGCUACAGGACCAUCACCACAGCCUACUACAGGGGCGCAAUGGGCUUCCUGCUCAUGUAUGACAUCACCAGCCAGGAGUCCUUCUCCGCUGUUCAAGACUGGGCCACCCAGGUGAAGACGUACUCCUGGGACAAUGCUCAAGUGGUCUUGGUGGGCAACAAGGUAGAUCUCGAGGAGGACAGACAGGUCCCCACGGCGGACGGCCAAAGGCUCGCCAGCGAGCUAGGCUUCCAGUUCUUUGAGACCAGCGCUAAGGACAACAUCAACGUGAAGCAAGUCUUUGACAAGCUGGUGGAUGUCAUCUGUGAAAGGAUGAAUGAAACGGUCAAUGGCGAGCUGGCCGGUGUCUCAACCAAUGAGAAAGGAGCCAGCCUCACGGACAAGCCCCCGAGCAGUCAAAGUGGAUGUGCCUGCUGAUUUGUCUCUGAACCAUAGUGCUUGCGCAAGCACACUGCAGCUGAUUUAUAACAGAAAUAGUCUGUCAGCAAAAAAAAAGCGAUAAAAGCAUGCUCAAUCACAGAAGAAUGCCAAAUAACUACAAUUGCCAAAAAUGUACAGUAACAUUAUGAAUGUGCCCAAUUGUAUUUAUUUUCCCUGCAGCUUGCUUCUCUGCAUAUUCCAUUUAAUAUGCCCCUUAUGAUUCUGACAUGACUGUUACAUUCACAAUCCCAAGAACCAAACGGCACAGCUAUGCAGUUUGCUUCUGCUCAUUGUCUAUCCUUUCAGUCAUGAAAGCAAUUUUCCUUGGAAGCACUUGUACGUAGAGGGAAAUUGUAGAUUAACUUGUUGCACUGCCCUCAUGUGGGCAUAUUGCAGUACUGCAUCUGUGCGCCUAUUCUUCCAAUACCAAGUGGCCUAUAUUUAAUGCUGUAAAAGUGCCUCUGUUUUAUUUUGUUUUUGUCUGAGGUAAAUUAUUUUUUACUUUUCAAUCUCCAUUCACAAAUGGCCUUGUUACUGCAUUUGCCCUUAACUAUUCAUUUAUGUGCCUGGAGAGAAUGUCUUUGAAAUGUAUUUUCGGUGUCAAGUCCUUGUUAGCGGUUCUGUUAUACACUUUGUUAGCCCAAAAUUAAUAAAUAAUGGAUCCAUUCUCAAAA